GAUCCUGCAACUGAAGAUCAAAAAGCAGUACCGUAAGACAGGCCGGCGGCCAUGGAUGAGAAACUCUUAACGUUAAACAUGUUGAAAUCCGGCAUGUUUCUGCUCUUGUUGUUCUGUGGUUGGGUUUAUGUUGUGACGGCGACAGUUUCCUACGACGGACAUGCCAUUAUUAUUGAUGGAAAAAGAAGGAUUCUCAUUUCGGGGUCCAUUCAUUACCCAAGAAGCACACCUGAGAUGUGGCCUGGCCUCAUUCAGAAUGCCAAACAAGGAGGGCUGGAUGUUAUCCAGACUUAUGUUUUUUGGAAUGGACAUGAACCUUCACAAGGAAAAUAUAAUUUUCAAGGGAGAUAUGAUCUAGUUCGAUUCAUCAAAUUAAUUCAACAAGCAGGACUUUACGUUCAUCUCCGGAUUGGUCCCUAUGUGUGUGCAGAAUGGAACUUGGGGGGAUUUCCUGUUUGGCUAAAAUAUGUUCCUGGCAUUGAAUUCCGAACAGAUAAUGCACCUUUCAAGGCAGCAAUGCAAGGGUUUACACAGAAGAUUGUGAAUAUGAUGAAGGCAGAAAAAUUGUUUGAAUCCCAAGGAGGUCCCAUAAUUCUGAGUCAAAUAGAGAAUGAAUAUGAAUUGAUGGAAUAUGACAUUGGCAAUCCGGGGAAAGUUUAUGCUAAAUGGGCAGCAAAUAUGGCUGUAGGUCUUGGCACUGGUGUUCCGUGGGUCAUGUGCAAGCAAGCUGAUGCUCCUGACCCAAUUAUAAACAGCUGCAAUGGUUUCUAUUGUGAAAAUUUCUUUCCCAAUCAGGGUUACAAACCGAAAAUGUGGACAGAACUCUGGACUGCUUGGUUGCUUGGUUUUGGGGAAGCUGUUCCGUAUAGACCAGUUGAGGACAUGGCAUUUGCAGUUGCAAGGUUUAUACAGAACAAGGGCACGUUCGUGAAUUAUUAUAUGUAUCAUGGAGGAACAAAUUUUGAGAGGACAGCUGGUAGAUUUGUUGCCACUUCCUAUGACUAUGAUGCUCCUAUUGAUGAAUAUGGGUUAGUGAGGGAACCAAAAUGGAGCCAUUUGAGGAAUUUACAUAAGGCUAUCAAGCUCUGUGAAACGGCUUUAGUCAAUGCAAAUCCCACAGUUACUUCACUGGGAAAUAAUCAAGAGGCUCAUGUUUACAGCUGGGGAGGAGCUUGUGCUGCAUUCCUAGCAAACUAUGAUACAAAAUACUCUGUCAAAGUGAACUUUGGAAAUGUGCAGUAUAAUCUGCCUCCUUGGUCCAUCAGCAUACUCCCUGACUGCAAGAAUGUUGUAUUCAACACUGCAAUGGUUAGUUUCCCUGGAAAACAUUUGCAAAUGACGCCUGUAGGCACCGCAUUCUUUUGGCAAUCAUACACUGAAGCACCUCCUUCUGUGGAUGACAAGAAAUCAUUUACAGCAAAUGGGUUAAGGGAGCAGCUAAGUGUCACUUGGGACACUACAGACUACUUGUGGUACAUGACAAAUGUCAACAUAAACAACAAUGAAGCAUUUUUGAAGAAUGGACAGCUUCCUGUUCUCACAGUUGCUUCUGCAGGCCAUGCUUUGCAUGUUUUCAUCAAUGGUCAAUUAGCAGGAACUGUUUAUGGGAAUAUCGAUGAUCCAAGACUAACAUUUAGCGGCCAAGUGAACCUAAAAGCUGGACUUAACCAGAUUUCUUUGCUAAGCAUUUCAGCAGGACUCCAGAAUAUUGGCACACAUUUUGAACAAUGGAACAUUGGGAUCCUAGGACCUGUUACCUUGAAAGGUCUGAAUUCAGGAACUUGGGACAUGUCUCAGUGGCAAUGGUCUUACAAGAUAGGUGUAGAGGGUGAAGCUUUGGGUCUUUACUCAAACCAGGGAAGCUCUUCCGUUAACUGGGCAUCAGGAACAUCAUUGGCUAAAAGGCGGCCAUUAACAUGGUAUAAGACAACAUUUGAUGCACCAGGAGGUAAUGAUCCAUUAGCCCUGGAUAUGAGUUACAUGAGUAAAGGCCAAAUCUGGAUAAAUGGAAAUAGCAUUGGGCGACACUGGCCUGCAUAUAAAGCUUCUGGCAGCUGCAACCAGUGUUCUUAUGCCGGAACAUACAACCAGACUAAAUGUCUAUCUGGUUGUGGAGGGCCCUCUCAAAAAUGGUACCAUGUUCCUCGAUCCUGGCUGCGACCAACAGGGAAUUUAUUGGUUGUUUUCGAAGAAUGGGGUGGAGAUCCGAGUGCGAUUUCUUUUGUCAAGAGAACUUACUAAGGUGCUCAUGUACCAGGAAGAGAUUUCACCAUUCAUGCCUUGAAAGAUAGAUUAAAUUAGUCCAUCUGAAGUUGCAAAUGUGAAUUAUAGUUAUACCCACAUGCAUAGAUAUAUUAAGUCAAUUUCAAUCUAAUUAUCCAAAAUCAAUGUGAAUUCAAUCAUUCAAACGAAUAAUGAAUGGUUUUGAAGCUGUUUUCCAAGAUCAUAGUUUCUAAAUUAAACCUUCCCCCCCUUCUCUGUUGCAAGUGUUCAUUUCCAAUUUUUUAUCUCUCCAAUUUUCUGAUUUUUAUGCUUUUCUAUUUUGACAAUCAUGUACAAUCUUUUACGUGGUAGUAACCUUGACUUGUUUAACACUGCUGGACCCCUGCAAUCUCUGUUCUUGUUGAAAGCAAAAAUUCAAGAAGAUAUUAUUCUAUCUCUCUCGUUUUUUUCUUUUUUUAACACCCACAGCUUUGCCUGCAAUGGUUGGGGUACCCAGUUUCGAAAUUUUACUUUGUAAAAAUUCCCUUUCCCCGUAUUCCUGUGUUAAGAAAAAAGAAAGCAACUUUUGUUUU